ACUGAUGGGCGUGGUUACUAUGCCUGGUAGGUGUGGCUAAAAUUAAUUGAGGUUUUGCUUCAUUCAAUGGCAGAGAGUGGAUCUGCAAGUGAAGCAGCUGAGAAGAAUAGAAAAAAGAGAGAGAAAAAGAAACAAGCACAAAGCGAUGAAUAUGAUUCAACAGUUUCUGAAGUAAAUGUUAUAGCUCAAUUAAAGCAGCAAAUUGAAGAGGCAAAGGCUAACAAGGAUUUCAAAAAAGCUCAGAAGCUCAGAGAGCAAUUGUGGGCAAUACAAGACACUGCUGCCCUUGGAACCACAGGUGUUGGAGCUCCCGAGAUUGAUCUGUCAGUAUUAGCUAUAGCCCCUCCCACUGCUGCACAAGCUCCUCCCCCUCAAUCAUCAGAAAACCCAAACGUUAAGAGUUUACGGAAACUAGAGAAGAAGUUAAAGUCGAUAGAAGAACUGAAAGUAAAGAGAGAUAAAGGAGUGAAGCUUGAGAAGACACAGCUGAGUAAAAUUGAGUCUGAAGAUGAAGUUAGACAAGAAAUAAAGACACUGAAGGAAAUAAUGGAAACUGACACCUCAUGAACUAAAUAAAUAAUAUUUUUAAUAAUUUAUUUCUUUUGCAGUUCCACUGAAUAUUAUUGUUGUAAUUAAUUAAUUCAAUGCAUGUAGAUGCAAUAUUAAGUGAA